GCCCGACCAUCAUUAUGGAGACUUAUGGUGUCCAGGACGAUGAUGUGUUGCCAUGACAAUAUUCGUCGCUGUGGUAGUCUGGCCUCACGGAUUGCUCAGCCUUCCUCCAGAGUUGCUAGGCAUGGCAAAGCUCGGGGUAUUAACAGAUCACACUGUGAUAGAGGGUAUUCCAACGCUUCCAAGAAGCCGAUGACGAUGAAUGACUUGCCACAACCACAAGGCUCCUGGGCCAAGCGCCAUGAACGUAUGCAGAAGAAAUACAAUUUGCAGUUGGCAGUAGGCCUUGGCUUUGCCGGGUUUACUCUUUUUGCAGCCAAACAGAGUGGGUUGGUUAAUUUUUAUUUUGGGCCUGGCAAAUUAAAGUUUGGUAAGGGAGUCGAGUCAAAAGAGCAGGAGGCUGCUGCAGUUGAGGAGGAAACAAUUACAGAGCCACCUGCAGAUGUUGAAUCUGAAGCAUUACCAGAAACUCCAGUUGAAACACCACUUGCUGCUCCUAUAGAUACAGAAUCUGCUGCUGCACCAUCUGCCCCUGUUGAUACAAAACCUGCUUCAGCACCACCUACCCCUGUUGAAGUGCCUGCAAAGCCUAAACAAGUUGAAGAAGCUGCUAUUACUGAAUCUUCAGCUGUUGUGUCUAAAAGCGAAGAUGCCAAGUCUGCCUCAACUGCUAAGGAGUCUGCUGGGAAGGUAUCUGACAUUCCUGAACACGUUCCUUACUUAAUUAUUGGUGCUGGUACCUCUUCUGUUGCUGCUUUCAGAGCCAUUAAAGCCAAGGAUGCUAAGGCCAAGGUUCUGGUGAUAUCGGGAGAAGGUGAAAAUCCCUAUAUGAGGCCACCUCUUAGCAAGGAAUUAUGGUACAGUGAUGACAUUGAAGCUACCAACAAAUUACGUUUCAAGCAGUGGAAUGGCAAAGAAAGAAGUAUAUACUUUGAGCAUGAAGAGUACUACACCCCAGUUAAAGAGUUAGCAACAAGGGAGAAUGGUGGCAUCUCUAUUGUAAAAGGUCGCAAAGUUGUGAAGCUGGAUGUGCAUAAGAAACGUGCCUUCAUGGAUGAUAGGAGUGAAGUCUCAUAUGACAAGUGCCUUAUUGCUACAGGUGGAACUCCUAAACCUCUGCCAGUAUUUGAUAAUGCUGGAGAAGAUGUACUGAAGAAUGUAACUUUGUUCCGUUCUGUUAGCGACUUCCAGCGACUUCACAAUGUGGCACAGCAAGGAAAACACAUCACUAUUAUUGGAGGUGGUUUCUUAGGCUCAGAGCUGGCAUGUGCUUUAGGUUAUAAAUUAAAGGCAACUAGUGGCUCGGUAACGCAGAUAUAUCCCGAGGCAGGGAACAUGGGUCGAGUCCUGCCUGAAUACCUCUCUAAAUGGACUACAGAAAAAGUAAAGUCUGAAGGGAUAGAAAUUAUCCCCAACUCAUUUGUUGAGGAAGUCAAGUCAGCAAAAGAUGAGAAAGUAAAACUCAAACUUAACACUGGAAAGGAGAUUGUGACGGACCAUGUUGUUGUAGCAGUUGGCCUCGAACCAAAUGUGGAACUAGCACAGUCAUCAGGCCUAGAAAUUGAUGACACACAUGGAGGUUUCAGAGUCAAUGCUGAGUUAGAAGCACGGUCUAAUCUAUGGGUGGCUGGAGAUGCUGCCUGCUUCUUUGAUAUCAAGCUUGGUCGUCGGCGUGUUGAGCACCAUGACCAUGCCAUUGUAUCAGGAAGGUUAGCUGGCGAGAACAUGACUGGCAGUGGUAAGCCAUACUGGCAUCAGUCCAUGUUCUGGUCUGACUUAGGUCCAGAAGUAGGCUAUGAAGCCAUUGGCAUUGUUGAUUCAUCGUUACCUACAGUUGGUGUUCUUGCCAAGGCCACUGCCAAAGACACACCUAAAGCUGUUGUGGAAGCAACUGGAGAAAGUUUAAGAUCUGAAACAGAACAGGUUGCUGAUACCAGUUCCUUGAUGCACUCCAGUGAUCCUCAUGCACCUCUCAAGGGUGAAGACUAUGGAAAGGGAAUAAUAUUCUACCUGAGAGAGAACAUUGUGGUAGGCAUUGUCCUCUGGAAUGUCUACAACUGGAUGCCAAUUGCCAGAAAGAUUAUUAAGGAUGGUAAGAGUUAUGAUGACCUCAGUGAAGUUGCAAAGCUGUUCAAUCUGCAUUCAGAGUAGUAUAAAGAAUAUUUUUCUUUAAUUCCACAUUUUUAUCUGAAUCAGAUGUAAAUGUUAUGGGUGA